AUGCGCAGGGGUGGUGAGUUUAUGUUGAGAGUCCCAUCUUCUCGACUUUUUGCGUCGGGGCGGCGAAUUCACGCCGGUUUUGUCAGCCACAUAUAUGCGACUUCAUGCAUAGGCGUUCAACUGCGAGCCUCUAUGAGAAACAGUGGGCAACUGGUAGGACUGACAACACAUGGAUGUUUGUGUACCUCGCGUUGUGGUGUUGCAUACAAGACGGAUGCCUCUUCCUUUGAAAGUGAGGUCAUUCAGUCCCAACAAGCCAUUUGUUUGGUGUACUACCGGCCAGAUAGUAGCAGUUGUAACGCCUACUUGACACAUGCAGAGCGUCUUGUGAGUCGGCUUAACAGAGAGAUAUCGGAUACGGACAAGAAGGAUGGAUGCGAUGGCGAAAAAGAGAAAAGUGUUCCUGCACAGAAGGCGUGGUUGAAGCUUUGUACCAUUAAUGCAGACGAAAACCGGAAUCUUGCCUCUGCCUUUUCUGUGGAGCGGGCAAAGUUGCCUGUGACGUACUUUAUCAUGCAAGGCACCAUCAUUGACAAAGUCACCGGUCAUGUGGUGGAGUCUCGGCUGGAGGGCAUCCUGCGUAAAUUCCUUGAACAUUAUAAGCAGCAGAUGAACGUGGAAUUGAUGGGCGGUGGGUCACCGGAGCAUCAGCACCCUUUGCCAGCUGCGGCCACUGCCGACCUUUUACACGGCGCCUCUACUCAAUAUUUACAGAACCGAAUUAUGGAUGCACUUGUUGGUCCAGAGCGCAUUCGUCUCCCUGAAGAAAGUGAGCAACUGGACGGCCUGCGAAAGACCGUUCAGCAAGCAAAGAAGAAGGCGUUUGAUGAGCUGCAGGAACUACGCAGGGAACUUGGGGUGGAUGUAAGACGCCUCAGUGAGGAGGAACUGACAAAGCGAUAUCAUCGUUCCUCGCAGUACAUUGCUUGCACAGUGCUCUCCGCGCUUGAGGCACUCUUUUUGGCACGUGUACAUGCCACUAUCGGUAACAUUGCGGCAGAGAACAUCAUAUUUGCGUUGAAUGCCAUUCAACGCGAUUUUUCCCCUGUUCUUGCAGACCCAACGGUACGAAGACUCAUUUCUCUCUGCGAGGUGUUACUUGUGCGUGGGGAAGUUGUUCUGCUGCAGCGGAGGCAACACCACCUUCCAUCCGGUAGUGAUGAUGCGGUCAGUGAUAAAUUGGCACGCACACUUUACUGGAUUGACAACCUGGUCGACGCUCGCGUGGUACCAGAGCAGUUUCCUAGUGAUGAGGUGGAGGCGAUGUUCACGUUGCUUAGAUCGAAUCUCCUCCAGUCAAGACGAGAAGCAUCGCAGCCCAAAGAGGGGGAAGAAAUGGCGAUGGUGGAGACUGAGAGCGCACGGUGCGUGCGGCAGACAAAGACGUGCCUCUUGGGCCUACUGCAGUUGUACCACGGUGAUCCCAAAAGCCAGGACGCACGUUCGCGGCUCUCCUCUCUCCUGUACUGA